AUGAUGUUUCAAAUGCCGUCAGGCGGAAGCCUCGGACGGACAAAAAACAUACUUCAUUUCAUACAAGGAUUCGCUAUCUUCCUCGCAUGGGCCUUAACCAUCGCUAUCUGGACUAAAGGAGGCGGCAUCGAUGGACGCACAGGCUGGUACUGGGGUCUGUGCUGGUUGAGUAUUCCUGCUCUGGUCUACCUGGUGGCAGUGCCGAUGUGGCCCCGAGCCCGACGCUUCGGUAAUGUGUAUGCAUUCGCCUGUGUCGACAUCCUCUAUUCGAUUCUCUGGCUCAGCGCUUGGAUCUGUCUCGCUUCCUACGUCGCCAAUGGAAAGUCCAAGGGCUCGAGCAGUCAUGACAAGAAGCCCGGCUCCGACUCCAAAUCCACCAAGACCGGAUGCGAUAACUGGGCAUAUGGAAGCUCUGGAAAGUGCAAGCUGAGCGAGGCAACUACAAUCAUUGGCGUUUUCAUCUUCAUCAUUUUCGCCAUCACCGCCUGGAUGUCCUUCCGCAAUGUGGUGCACUUUCGCCGUACCGGCACCCUCCCCGACGCCGUCUCCGACCCCACUUUCGCCGCGCAGAGCAAAGCCGCCUUCUCAUCGAACCCAGCCCAGGACUUCGAGGAAGAUGACGAUGACAUUCGUUCCGGCCGAGGCGGCGUCAUGGGCGCCUCAUCCCGCAUCGACCGGGAUGAGGACUAUGCCCUCCUGCACCAGAGUGAGGUGGAUGAUCUAGGCAGCUUACAGGGACGGACCGCGAUGCAAGGCUCUUACGACCCCACCGCUCCCGCACCCGGAGUUAUCCUCCAUGAUUAUAGCAAUUAUAACACUGGCUACGGUGGUGCAUAUGGCCAGCACUAUGUGGAGCCCUCGACUCAGUACAACUCGUCGGAAUACACCCCGUCGGAGUAUACUGCUCCCUCUGGGUUUAACGGCUCAUCGGUGAGUGGUUACAGCAGACGGCCGAGUUGA